AGGAACGUCUGACUUCGAAGCAAAAGCACAUCAACUACUCUUUCCAUUUAUAAUACUCUCGUGACUCCGACCCCCUUCUCUCUCUCCACUGUCCGGCUCUCCCCUUUACGAGUUUUUCAGAUGAACUGUUUCAUGAAAUCAUUGAGGAGCUCAAUGUAAUGUUCAUGUAGACCUUAUUCAGUUUAUCAUGUCAUUUAAGCUAAAUGACGAUUGAUAUGCAACCGUCUAUGGCACAAAGUGUGGGAACUAGUAGGUCUUCCUUUAGCUCUAGCAAUGGUAUUGAGGAUACUCCUUUGCACAACUCUGCUGCCAUUUCAAAUGCGGAUGAUUACGACAGUGAUACUUCUAAUUUUGCACCACCUACACCAACGACCCUUUCAAUGGCUAUUCCAGAUGAACUUGCUGGUGCUAUACCCGUGCUUAAUAGAUUCCAGGUGGAGGGAUUUUUAAGGUUGAUGCAGAAACAGAUUCAGUCUGCUGGAAAACGUGGGUUUUUUUCUAAAAAAUCUGUAGGCCCACAAGUUCGGGAAAGAUUCACAUUUGAGGAUAUGCUAUGUUUCCAAAAGGAUUCUAUACCAACUUCCUUGCUCAAAAUUAAUAGUGACCUAGUAAGUCGAGCAACAAAACUGUUCCAGAUAAUUUUGAAGUACAUGGGAGUUGAUUCAUCUGAUCGAUUGCUGGAAGACUUGCGGGAUAAGCAAAAGCAAGAAGUAAAAAUACAAGAAGAUCUAGAGGAAUUGAAAGAAUCCUUGAGAUCUGACAAGCAAAGCCUGGCAAAAGUUACAUGUGAUCGUGACAGACUUAGAUCAUGGUGUGAUGAAAAAGAUAAGGCACUUCAGGCUGCACUGCUGGAGAAAAGGAGCAUGGAAGCAAGGUUGGCCAAGUUGGGGGAUCUUAUGAUAGAGAAGAAUACCAAAAAAGAUUUGAUUGGGGCUGAUACCCAGUUGUUACAAAAGCUCCAAGGUGAGUUAAAACUUCGUAGUGAGGAGUUGCAUGCAGCAGAAGACACUAUGAAGAAGCUGGUUAAUGAAAAAAUAUCAUUGGAAGAAAAGAUAUCUGGACUUGAAAAGAAGAAAGCUGAUGAGAUAGAUUUUCUUGAGAAAAAAUUUGAGCAAGAACGUAAAGCUUUAAAGUUUCAAGUACUUGAACUUGAAAAGAAGCUUGAAGGGGUCACAAAAGAGUUGGCUGUUGUUGAGUCAACUCUUGCUGUCAGGAACUCUGAAUUGGCUUCAUUACAAAAUAAUCUAAGGGAAUUAGAGGAAUUGAGAGAAAUGAAAGAGGACAUCGAUAGAAAGAAUGAGCAAACUGCUGCCAUUUUGAAGAUGCAAGGGGCUCAACUUGCUGAGUUGGAAGUGCUUUAUAAGGAGGAACAAGUUUUAAGAAAGCGUUAUUUUAAUACUAUUGAAGAUAUGAAAGGCAAGGUCAGAGUUUUUUGUCGAUUAAGACCUCUUAAUGAGAAAGAGACUGCUGAAAAAGAAAGAGAUGUACUCACAAGUCUUGAUGAGUUUACAAUUGAACAUCCAUGGAAAGAUGAUAAAGCCAAGCAGCAUAUAUACGAUCAUGUAUUUGAUAGCAGUGCUACCCAAGAUGACGUGUUUGAGGAUACAAGGUAUUUGGUGCAGUCUGCUGUAGAUGGGUAUAAUGUGUGCAUAUUUGCUUAUGGUCAAACUGGUUCUGGAAAGACAUUUACAAUAUAUGGAGCUGAAAACAAUCCUGGACUUACUCCUCGAGCUACGGCAGAACUAUUUAAAAUUAUAAGACGAGAUGGCAACAAAUUCUCAUUUUCAUUGAAGGCAUAUAUGGUGGAGUUAUACCAAGAUACACUUAUAGAUCUUCUUUUACCAAAAAAUGCUAAACGCUUUAGAUUGGAUAUUAAGAAAGAUUUAAAGGGCAUGGUAUCUGUAGAAAAUGUGACUGUUGUAUCAAUUUCAACAUUUGAGGAAUUGUGGAGCAUUAUUCAAAGAGGAUCUGAACAACGGCAUACAUCCGGAACUCAAAUGAAUGAAGAAAGUUCAAGAUCUCAUCUGAUACUCUCAAUUGUUAUUGAAAGUACGAAUCUUCAAACUCAGUCGGUUGCGAGAGGAAAGUUAAGUUUUGUGGAUCUUGCUGGUUCAGAAAGAGUGAAGAAAUCAGGAUCUUCUGGUAGUCAACUUAAGGAAGCUCAAAGCAUCAAUAAAUCACUUUCAGCGCUUGGGGAUGUUAUUAGUGCAUUGUCUUCUGGUGGUCAACACAUACCUUAUAGGAAUCACAAGUUAACGAUGUUAAUGAGUGAUUCACUUGGUGGUAAUGCCAAAACACUCAUGUUCGUUAAUGUAUCACCAGCUGAAUCAAACUUGGAUGAGACAUACAAUUCCCUAAUGUAUGCAUCUAGAGUUCGAUCAAUUGUGAAUGAUCCAAGCAAAAAUAUUUCAUCCAAAGAGGUAACCCGAUUGAAAAAGUUGGUUGCUUAUUGGAAGGAGCAAGCUGGUAGGAAAGGCAAUGAUGAGGAGUUCGAAGAUAUUCAAGAAGAACGUCCAGCAAGAGAUAGGACAGAUGGCCGUCAUUCCAUGUAAUGUUUCUAUUAUGCGAGUUGCUUGAAACUUUUCCUAUAUAUGAAAAGUACUUGCGAAGUUGCUAGUAAGAGCUUUGGGACACGUGAGCUAGGGCAUUGGCAAGGUUGACCAUAUUGGUGAACAUAAGCAGGAUUAAGUACCGUUUAAGCUACUAUCAUGUUGUGAAGUCUUGAUCUUGCUCCAACAUUGUACUAAAGCUAGAGGUGCUGUAAUUAGUUUAGCAAGAUUAAGUUGUAUAGCCGAAUGGUGUGUAUAUUUUGCUUUCUAUAUCCUACAUCUCAUUGGUGACAAUGAGUCCAUUGAUAAGA